GAGACAUUCACCCAUAACCAACUGAAUGCUCUACGGAUAAUCACAAUAACAACUUCAUCAAUCUCAAUAUUAUCAUGUCUCAUAACAUUCUAUACAUACCUAGCAAUACACCCUUCAAGAAAGAAGUUUCGUCAUCAACUGAUCAUAUUCCUUAUAAUAUUUGAUUUUUUAAAAGCUUUAGCAAUUUUAUUAUAUCCAAUUUUAUCAUUAAUUAAAAACACAAAGCAAAUUGGUCCAAGAACUAUAAAUUUCCUAGGGUUUUUCACAGCUUUUGCAACAGAAGGUGGUGAUUUAGUUAUAUUAUCAUUUGCCAUACAUACAUUAUUGACAAUUUUCUAUCCAACACAAACUGGUGGGCUAUACAUUAUUAGAUAUUAUAUCUAUGUUCUAAGUAUUGUGGGACCGGCAAUAUUGGCUUCUUUAGCUUUUAUUAAUAAUGUUGGAUACGUGGAGUUGGAUAUAUGGUGUUAUUUACCUGAACGUCCCAUUUGGUAUAGAAUUGCGUUGAGUUGGGGGCCAAGAUAUGGUAUAAUGUUGGCAAUUUUGAUAAUUUAUUGUACGAUAUAUUUUUAUAUAAUUUCACAAUUGAAAAAAUUGGAAAAUAUUCAAACUUCAGCAUCAGGGAAUGGGAAUAAUAAUGAUUUUAAUAUUAAUUUACAAAUUGGGAAUGAAGAAAAGUUGAAACUAAGAUAUAAAGUUAUGGCUCGUCAAAUUAAAAUAAUUUUCCUUUAUCCAAUUGCAUAUUUUUUCCUAUGGAUGUUCCCACUAGUUUCAAAUUCAUUAAGAUUACAAUUAAAAUCCAACUAUGGCAUUGCGGUACUAGUUUCAUUCAUGCAACCUUUCAACGGUACAGUGGAUACUUUAGUUUAUCUAUAUCGUGAAAAACCAUGGAAUUUAACAUAUUCUAAA